GGAGAGAUGGCAUUCUAGCGCACGCAUACAGACGACAGGAAGGCAAAGCUAGUGCGAAACCUGUAACACAUCUUAGAGUGGGCACAGAUAUAGACAAACAUAGCAUAAACAAUCAAAGGCGUCUUGCCGAGAGGAACUGUCGCUUGGUUUUGCUGUCAUGGCUCAGAAUGAUUUGAUGAGCAACGCGGAGGACGUGGCGGAUCAGUUCCUUAGGAUGACGAAGCAGUACCUGCCUCACAUAGCGCGCCUCUGUCUGAUCAGUACAUUUCUGGAGGAUGGCAUUAGGAUGUGGUUCCAGUGGAGUGAGCAGAAAGAGUAUAUCGACACGACGUGGGGAUGUGGAUUCUUCCUUGCCACACUGUUUGUCUUAAUCAACUUGUUAGGGCAGCUGGGUGGCUGUAUACUGAUCCUGAGCAGAAAUUUUGUGCAGUAUGCCUGCUUUGGAUUAUUCGGAAUCAUCGCCUUGCAGACUGUUGCCUAUAGCAUUCUUUGGGACCCAAAGUUUUUGAUGAGGAAUUUGGCCCUGGGUGGAGGUCUGUUGCUGCUCCUUGCUGAGUCCCGCUCUGAGGGCAGGAGUAUGUUUGCUGGAGUUCCCACUAUGAGAGAGAGCUCUCCUAAGCAGUACAUGCAGCUCGGAGGCAGAGUCCUGUUGGUGCUCAUGUUUAUGACGCUGCUCCACUUUGACACAAGCUUCCUCUCAAUCUUGCAGAACAUGGUGGGAACAGCUCUUAUUGUCCUAGUGGCUAUUGGCUUUAAGACUAAGCUGGCUGCUCUCACCCUGGUCAUCUGGCUGCUGGCAGUCAACGUGUACUUCAAUGCUUUCUGGACCAUACCAGCCUACAAACCCAUGCACGACUUCCUCAAGUACGACUUCUUCCAGACCACAUCUGUCAUCGGAGGCCUUCUGCUGGUAGUAGCACUAGGUCCAGGUGGAGUGUCUAUGGAUGAGAAAAAGAAAGAGUGGUGAGACUGGACUGAACUCAAACGGCUCACUCGUUCGCUCUGUAGUUUGCCCUUUGAAAAUAGAAUUUCCUUGCAGUUAUGCCUCAAAGCAGGUACACUACUUAGGGAGGACUGAGCUGAAUUGAGAUGUGACCUCAUAAAGAUCCCAGGACCAACAGAACGACCCACUCUCCACAUCUCAUGCACUGUCUUUGUUUUCAUCUUGCCUGCAUACUGAAUUAUUUCUGCCAAGCAUUUUAGACAUUAGGUUAUCAUAUUUAUUUUCUAAGUAUCAGGUCAGAUUCUGUUAUUUGAACCCCCCCAAAUCUGUAUUAUCCAUGUUAUACACGUUUAACUGCCAUAAUUGAAGGAAUAACAAAUUGUUCUCCAUUGCCCUGUCAUUUUGCCCUUUUCUUUUUUUCGGGGUGCCAACUGCAGUCAGCUUACCAAAGACAUCCAUUUUCUUCAUGUCAUUCUCUAUAGUAAUACUUAUGCCUUCAAAUUCAGGUUACCUAUUAGUUCAUCAAGAUGAGAAUUUAAAGUAAAUCAACAUGAAAGUAGAUGUCAUUGAAAUUUGUGUUUCUAUAUCAGCAAGAAGUUGUUGAUUAAUGGGUCAGACAUUGUCAAAUUUGCUGUCACUGGGCUGGUUUUAAAGGAUUGGUUCACCCAAAAAUGAAAAUUCUCUCAUCACUUACCCUCAUGCCAUCCCAGAUGUGUUUGACUGACUUUCUUCAGCAGAACACAAAUGAAGAUUUUUAGAAGAAUAUCUCAACUCUGUAGGUCCAUAAAAUGCAAGUGAAUGGGUGCCAAUUUUUUCAGUGGUCUAAUUAAUGUCCUCUGAAGCAAAACGCUGGGUGUGUAUGAAAUAGAUAAAUAUUUAAAAAGUGUUUUUUUUUUUUUUUUUUUUUUUUUUAAUUCACGAGGGUCGAUGUCAAGCGUGUUGGCAAGUUCACGUGAAAACUGCCGCAUGAAAUACGGAAAAAAUAAACAGAAGCGCCGUGUUGUUUACAAUAGAGGAGCAUAUAGAAUCAUACAUAGAUGCCUCAUUCGGCUGGUUUGAAUAUGUCAACUGCACGCCAUCUUGGAACAGUGAACAAGAAGAGCUGUUUGAAUCGGUUUAAAUGCAAGUGAGUGAAUGGAGGAGAUGACCGAGCUCUUUGCUGCAUUAGCUGCUUUUGUGUAGAAACAGUAUCGCAGUCCAUAGAAACAUUUGCUAAUAAGGGAUCUAUGUAUGAAUAUCUAUGAAGAGGAGACUUACACACUUGCGUUACGUUACAAACUUCAUUCUCGUCAAUGUACAAAAUUCAAGCUGGCUGAAAGCAAACAUUUUUUGUAAAAAAAGUUUUAAAAAAUGUAUCUGUUUCAUACACACCCAGUGUUUCACUUAAGAAGACAUUAAUUAGACCACUGGAAUCAUAUGGAUUAUUUUUAUGAUGGCUAUAUGUAUUUUUUGGAGCUUCAGAAAGUUGGCACCCAUUCACUUUCAUUUUAUGGACCUACAGGGCUGAGAUAUUCUUCUAAAAAUCAUAAUUUGUGUUCUGCUGAAGAAAGUCAUACACACCUGGGAUGGUAUGAGGGUGAGUAAAAGAUGAGAGAAUUUUCAUUUUUGGGUGAACUAUUCUUUAAACUGACAUUUGUUGAUGUGUUGAAAUUUGCUACACACUGUUGUUUUAUUUGGCUCAAUGGGCAAGUCCCUGGUCUUUCCCUGUCCAACAGGCCAAACAAGUCACAAAAUAAUCAAAAUCUAGGUGAACAUAGAGAAAACAAAUCUCUUCAUGCAUAUUCUCUACCAUUUUUAAAAGUGUGCAACAUAAAGAUGAAAAAGUUAAAUGGCCUUAAAGUUUAUUUCUUAAAAAAAAAAAAAAAUGAAAAGAAAAAAGCAUUCUUUAGAUUUGUUGGCUUCUCGUGUCAGUGUAAGGAAUUAUUAGUUUCAUGUUCGCUGUCUGUUGUCAGGUCACUUUGAAGUUUACAAAACAAGCAAGAGAGUGAGAUGAGAAAAAUUAAACCCUGUGGUUUGUCAAACUCUUUGUACAAAAAGAAAUAACAGAAAAAAAAAAUUGGUUUUCUAAAUGUUUUAAAUGUUUGUUUUGACAUAUAAAGGGAAAAGAAAAAAUGA